GCUCAGAAGGGUUGCAAGUUCGAUCGAGGAAUCCGAUCGAGGCGCGGGGGGGCAGGCAAGCAAGUUGGGCAAAACGCCCCAGAAUGGUCCACACUGCUGUGCUGCGGGUCCGGAUCGAGCCCGGCAUCCCAAAGCUCCUGGUGAAGAUCAACCCCCAGGAUGCCGAAGCCUUCCAGGCCAAGAACCUCGGGGAGGUGACGCUGCGCAAGGGUUCCGGGAGCCGCAGCCAGGUGGCGGUGCUGCACAUGAGCCGGGGCACGGCCAACGGGGAGGUCCUGAUGUCGGUGAAGCUCGCGGAUCUCCUGGACCUCGAGGAUGGCGAGGGCGUAGAGGUGGCGGCUGCCGCUGCUUCCCAGGGGCCUAUGCCCCGAAGGGCAGCGCCCACAGAGACGGGCCAAAGAGAGCAGCCCAGGCCGCAGCCCUCUCUGUGGGAAGCUAAGCCUCGGCCCAGCCUGGAUCCCAAGGAAUGGUUCAGGAGUCUGGAGAAGGAGCAAGAAAUGAGGGCCAGGUUGAAUGGCCAUAGCGGAUUUGGCUCUGACUGGUCAAGUCGAGGAGCGAAUCCACCAGAGAGGCGGUCAAGCUGGUGUGAAGGCAGCCGGAUCCCAGAGUUUCGAUCUGCGGCGGCCACGCAUAGACCCUCUCAGACGUCGACUCCGCUGUCCUCAGACUGGCUGCGCUCGAUGCGCGGAGGCCUGGAGCUUGGGAGGUCGCGCCCAGGUGCUUCAGGUGCCUGGGACUUCGACGCUGAGAAGCUGCGGUCCAAGGCGGCGUCGCGGCUGUCGUCCUCCACGGGCGCAUUCUCGGCGCCUUGGCAAGAGGAAAACUCCUCCCCGCCGUGGGCUGAGAAGAGCGCAGCACCGGAAGCGCCGAGCUUCUCGGCCCGCACCGAGAGGGUGGAGCGAGAUCGAGCUCGCCCAGGAGCCUCCCAGCCCUUUGGCCUGAGGCAAGAGCAGCGGCGACCAGCGCAGGCGCCCGUCCCGCCGCGCGAAGCGCCGCGCGAGGCAGCUUUGCGCGAGCGGGUGCAGCCAGGAGCGCCCGCGCCCCCGUCGGCGCCGCCCGAACCUGGCAGGAUUCGGCAGUCUCCUCGGAAUCGGAUGCGGGCCGGGCCUUACAUGACCCAGGAAGCUCUUGUGCAACCAUGCAAGGGGCACCCGGAGUCUGGGGCCAGCUCUCGCGCAGCUUCAACGCCCUCCUCGCCGCCCGAGUCGCCCUCGGAAGGGGAGUCCGGCAGCAGCGGCUCCAAUCUGAGCCGGCCCAAUAGUUCGGUGUCCUCGCAGAUGCGGGCGAAGGCUGAGGAGUCGGACUCAGCUCAGUCGCAGCCGGUGUCGCUACCGCUGGCUUUAGUGCCCUGCGAGGAGAAGUGCUUUGGCGCCUGCACGGCAAAGCGCAAGGAGAGCUCUGGCAGCCUGCUGCGAAAGCGCAGGAGCACGCUGGGCUUGCUCCAGCAGGACACCGCGGAGCCGCUGCGGUCCUCCGGGCGCCGCGGCAAGGUGCCUGACCAGUGGAUGCCCCCCUUGGACGCGUCCACAGGCGGGCUGGAGCGCUCGGAGCUAGGCUUGGAGGCCACCUCGGAGGUGCGGCGGUGGCUGCUGGGGCAGACCUCGGGGCAGCAGUGCUCGCAGGUGAUCCUGGACCGUGCACUCACGGUGCUGUCCAACUUCAAGUUGGCCAGCGGGUGCGAUUUGGAGGUCCUCGGAGGCGACGACUGUUCGCCGUUUUUCUACUUGAGACCUCACACCUUCCGCAUGCACAGCGCUGGGCACUCGCGCCUCGCCGUUCUCAGCUUGUGCACAAGGCCAAAGGAGCCUGAAGCACCGAAGUCGAGUCGAGUCGUCUGCUCGCUCGCUGGAGCGCUGACUGCGAAGCUGUUUGGAGCCAUGGAAGACGACUUCGCCACUCUGCUGCUGAGUUUGGAGGCCUGCCACUUCCGGCAGGUGCAUCGGCUCCAGGCCGAGCUCCGGCGGGAGGUCUCCCGUUCGGCUUCGGCCGACGCGGAUCGUCACGCGACGGCGGCGUGCGAGGGCCGAAACGGGGUGAUGGGAGGCGAGGCUGCUGGAGACGCGCUGCAGAUGAAGAAGGAGUUAGAUCCUCCGUGGCCCAACACCCCCGGGCACUCUCCGCGUGCGAAGUCAGAGAAGAACGACUUCUUUCUGAAGAAGAGCUCGACGGCAUUCCGUUGGAAGGGGUCCAAGAACAAGUACUUGGCCGACAUGCUGAAACAUCCCCUCUGCGAUUGCACGAUGAGCUUCCUCAUCGUGGUGAACGCCAUCAUUUUCGCUUUUGAGGCCCAGUACAAGGCGGGUCCCGGGCAAAACUUCGGCAUGGGCAGGGUGCACCUGGCGUGGAUUGCAGGCUUCGAUCUGGGCAACGAGCUGGGGCUCAGGCAGGAGGGCGCGCACCUCCUGUGGCCCGGCGCCACCGAAGCCUUCGAGGUGGCGGAGUUGACCUUUGGCAUCAUCUUCUCCCUGGAGGUGGUGCUCAGGCUCUGGGUGGAGCGGCUGAAGUUCUUCUGCGACGGCUGGAACCUCCUGGACUUUGUGGUGGUCUUGGUCUGGGCCUUGGGCCGGGCCUGGCAGGGCCUGCCUGUGAACUCCCAGAUUCUCCGCCUGGGCCGUCUUUUCCGGCUGCUGCGGAUGUUGCGAUUGGUGCGGAAGAUCAAGGAGUUCGAUGCGCUCUUCUUGAUGACCACGGCCAUCCGCAGCAGCUUCAUGGUGCUGGGCUGGACCAUCAUGCUGCUCUUCCUCUGCCAGAUGCUCUUCGCCCUGGUGGUGCAGCAGAUCUUGUUCGGCUUCUACUUUGACCCAUCGAACCUGGAGAUCCUCGAUGAUCAGAGAGAAGUCUACAUGUACUUCGGCACCUUCUCGCGGGCUCUGCUGUCGCUCUUCGAGAUGACUUUGGCCAACUGGCCCCCGGUGUGCCGGAUGCUCAUGGAGUCGGUGUCCGA